GUUGCCUUAGUCCUGGUGCCAAUGUGCAAUGUCGCACGUGAACAUCGCGAUCAGCCGGCCAAUUCGUUUCAUCCAAAUGAACAUCGCCUUCCAGUACUCUGGGAUUACCGAAUUUGCUUAUCUGGGUUCAGGAAACAAAUCCGGCUUGUGCUUGGGGGAGAGUGAGGAGGCUAAUCCAUGGAAGCCCCUACAUGUCGAGCGUGGAUUCCCACCACAGCAGCACCGUCAGCGCGGUGAUGGUUGAUAUGCAGAGCGAAGGACGAUCCGCUCUCUGAGAGCCAUAGCCGGAGCCAUAGCUAUGCCCAUAACCACUGGUAGCACAAUCUGGAUGAAUACAGAGAUUUCUAACAGCCCCAUGGAUUUCCUCAGUUCGACCCAUGCCAAUGCCUUGGCCGAAGCCGGUUCAGAGGAACGCGACAUCAAGGAGUUCCUUUUCCAGCACGCCCGGAUCCCAGCGCUUUUCUUCAAGUACUGCAGUUCUCGCAAUAGGACUCAGUUGAACCAAACCUGGC